UGAUAGUAUAGCAAACAUAAGAGUUGUUUUUAAUGUUUAAGCGUCAUGUUAUCUGUAAAUGUGAUUGAAAAAUGCAUAAAUUAUACAUAACCGCGAUUUUCAAUAGAAUUAAACGAAAACCGGAUCAGGUGGUUUUAUGUAUGAGUUUCAUUUAGGAAAUUAACAAAACGACGGUGUUAUAUUCUAAUAAGCGAGGUGUUUUUCAUUCGCUAUAUUAUAUUUUAAUUUUUGAAGGGAAAAAAGUGUCAUAAAACGUAAACAAACAGCUAUGGGAGACAACCGGGAGAGUGGAUUUAUAAACAGUGAACCGUGUAUCGCAGAGUUUAUGACCAAUGUCCCUCUCAUUAAUCAGGGACUAGCAAACUCGUCCAUCAAUCUACCGUCUGACGCCGGCUAUUGUCAGUCAUUUAAUGGAGCAUUGCCUAACUCACCUUCACGAGGGGACCUGGCGCUAUCGGGUACGCCCGAGGGUACUGAACACAAUCUUGGGGGCAAAUAUAACGACUAUGCGUGGAUGAAGGAGAAAAAGCCCAUACGAAAAAGUGAUCCUCCGCAAACGGUCCCAGAUAUAGAUUUCUCUCCGACUCCACCUUCUAACAACAAUAAUCAAAACGCCAGCAGUAAUGGUAAUUCCAGCGGAGGUGGAUCCAGACGACUUAGGACUGCUUACACAAACACGCAGCUUCUUGAGCUCGAAAAAGAGUUCCAUUUUAACAAGUACCUAUGUCGACCAAGGCGUAUUGAGAUAGCGGCGUCCCUUGACCUUACUGAACGCCAGGUCAAGGUCUGGUUCCAGAACAGAAGGAUGAAAUACAAAAGACAAACACAGUUACAGAGACAGAAAUCUGAAGCAAGACUUGGUUCAAACAGUUCUUUCCCGGGUAGUCCAAGUUCCUUUGAUGAUGAGCCAAUGGACGACAUGGAGGGAAGAAUAAAGAGUGACUUUGACAGACCAAGUAUCCCUCAUGAUGGAUCUCUAGAAAACGCAGGUAGCGAAAAUGGCUUAUUAGAAAUAGGUCAAGCAAAUGUCAAAAGAGAACAUAGCAUAGGCAAUGUAUUUGAUGAUGAAAAAUUGAAGGAAGAUAUGGAUGACAUGAAAAGAAUUGCUGGAGUAAGAGAUACAAGUCGAAAUGAAAGAAAUGAUUCGGUCACUUCAUAUGAAGAUAGUACAUCGCCUAGUUCAAAUAGGUCAAGCAAUAAUCUGGUCACUGGUGGACCUAAACAAUCUCCAAUUAUGGCAUCUAUGAUGCAAACUCCAGAUGGGGUAUCCCCAUUAUCAUCCCCGGUCGCGAAAUCAGAUGUUAAAUCUUGUGCGAAUUUGGACACGGAUAAUUCUCAAGUGACACAAUUAGGCUCUGACACCGGUCAACGUACUUCCGUUAGUUCCCCAGUUUCAAACAGCACUGCGCAGUUGCAAAUGAUGCAGCAAAGUCAUGUAAACAAAUUCCAGUCAGCGAUAAGUUCUGAAAUGACUCAAUGUGGAUCUAAUCAGGGAAUGUCUAUGGCAAAGCCACGCAUGUCUCCCCGUGAGAAUAUGCCUAAUACAACUGACAGCUUUUAUCAAACCCCCGGUUGUGAAACAAAUUUCCCAGGUGGCGCCAAUCAGUAUUCUGGCAGAGGAAUGGUCAAUGGCUGCUAUACUUCUAUGGACAAUUAUACUCAUAGUUUUCCCGGUGGACCACAAGUCUCGAGAUCUUCAAAAGACAAUUUACCAGAAACUUUUGGACAUCAACAAAUUUCUGGUCACAAAUCUAAUCAGUUAUCUCCGUUGGAAAAACUUAGCGCGUUACAAAACCAACAGAAACGAUAUUCAUACGCAACGGAAAAUAGUCCCCGUAGUGACAAUGGAUAUAAAAGUGGAAAUUUUAACCCCCAAUAUCGUUACACACCCAAUUUUGACAUGAAUUCGAACACCUAUCACCCAGCUAGAGGGUAUAGUGGGUACAAUAAUAGGUUACAUGGUGAUAAUAUAGAUUUACAGGGUUCUAUGUCAAUGGGGGAAUUCGGCGGCAAUAACCCUCAAUUAAAACCUAGUUCUUUCAUAUCGGGUCAGUUAAAUGCCUAUCAAAAUAGUGUUUACUAUGAUGGUAAUUAUGGGGUAGGAUACAACAGCGGUGUCAACCGUACAAUGCCUUCUACGUUAUUAUCACAACAGAACUAUUUAACCUCAACACCGCCACAGCAUGGAUCCAAUAUGGCGGAAAAUAACGGGAAUUUUGAACAAUACAACGGCCCAGAUGGACAAUUUAAUUCAUCAAAUUCGGAAUUUAGUUCAAUUUUUGCUGAAUAUUACAACUAUUCACAGCAAGGGUUCUCCACUUGAUACUUCUAAUAAAAAUGUCAACUAUUUUAACGUAUUCGGUAUAUGUAACAGUCAGUGUCCGUGAAUAGUCCGUAAACAAAAUAAUUAUUAGCCCACCUUUCAAAAUUUAUGUAUUUUUACUGGUAGUUUUUAUAUUUGUCUGUAACUUGUGGUUUUUUCUUAUCAUUGUGCAAGUACAAUAUAUGUUGUGACAAAAAAAUAAGUUAGGAAAAAAUACAAAUAUCUAAUUGAUAUUUUUAUUACAUCAUUUAAACUAAAAUAAUUAUGUUUAUUACUUUAUUUUAAUUUAUUUUCAAAUAAAUUGUUCUGUUAUGUUGUAUUAUUUUUAACAGAUUUAAGUUUUUUUUUUUUCAAAUUUCUGAUUCCAUUUUUAAAAUGUAUUCAUGUUACACUGAAUUUCAUCUUUUCCCAAAAAUUAGUAUACAUAAUAUGGGCAACAUUAAUGCAAAAAACCGACAUAAUUUGCAUUGAAACAAAAUUACCAUAUUUGACCUAUUUUAGUUUAGAUGUAUGUCUUGCAUUUGUGUUCAGUUUUUAAUUUCUUGAAGAAACCAAGCUAAUUUUAUUCCAGCUUUACUUGAAAUUGCAUCAAGGUCUAGAGACGUUUAUUCUAAAAAAGCAUACAUAUUUCUAAAAAUCACAUGUAAUAACACUUAUAGACAAAGUAACAUUAUGUAGACGCUUAGCGAAAUUAAAGAAUUAAUACACUUGAAAUAUUGUUUUAAAAAAGCCAAAAAAAAAAAAAACACAACAACAAACAACACAUCCUUUUCGGAACUGGUGGUUAGGUUUUACUUUGGUGUAAUCAGGGCUACAUUUAAUUUUCGACAAAAUAAUUCAACAAUCUAUUUAUUUAAUUAUAGGAAUUCAUUCUCUGAUGUAUUUUUUCAAGUUAAAGUGUCAUGUUAUUUAGGGUGUAAAAAUAAAAUUCAAUUAAUCAAAACAGAUUUUCAAAUUCGCAGCCCUAAAUAAUAUUUUAUGAAGUGAUAAGUAGAGGUUUGAGAAUCUAAAGUAACAUGAUUUAAAAUGACAUGCACUCCAUUUCGUCUAAAAUGAAAGUCUGUUACAUUGAUAUGUAAUUAAUAUUCAUAUUUAUGAAAUUAAAAAAAAAAAAUGCCAUGAAUGCAAGCAAGCAACAGAAAAAUGUAAUUGACAAAAGAGGAAAUAUUUUUGGGGAUAUUGUUUGAAUAAGCGUCCAAAGUUCGUUUAAUAGUCAGGUAUUAACUUUAAAUUAUGGUUAAUAAGCCAUAUUUUAUUGAAAUAAUUGUCUGUCUGUCUGUUAAUUUUGAAUUGGCCCUCUUUUCAUUUUUUGAAAAAAGUCUUAAAAUAUAAUAUUUCAAUGUCUCAUUUUUUUUCUUCUUGAAUAAGUUUAAAUAAAAAGGUUGUGUCGCUAGAUUUUUUCAUUUUUCGACUUUAUAUUUAUUUAUUGUUUUUAUCCUUAAUUUUUGAUUUAUUUUUUUAACUGAAAGAAAAAUUAUUCUUAAAAUGCUCGAAGCGGAUUAAUCGAUGGGAAAUAUCUUUGAUGUUUUCUCUCGUGCUCUGUAAAUGAUGGUUAUACCCGUGCUCCCAAACAUUAAUAUUUGAUAUAUCAAUAAAUAUGCAUUAAAAUAGCUCUAGAAAAUACAACAACCCCGAAUGCUUUGACAAUCCGUACAACCUCAAAUUCCCAGAGGUAUCUUACGUUUGUAUUUUUUUUAAUUUACUGUUGCAUAUUCUAAUGAUAUGUUUUGUUUUAGUUUGGGUAAAUUAUUUAUUAUUUUACUGAUGAAAAUCGGUAUACUAUUAUCUAGAUGUGUUAAAUGGAAACGUUCAAUAAAAAUUAAAUACGUAUGAAUA